UGGGGUGUUUUUGUUUUCGCGAACAUGAUGACCAGAAACGACAAAGCCAAGGAGUCAAAACAUAUUAGAUGUGUAAUAUUGUUCGAUAACAAUCCGUCGGCGAUAUAUCGACCCGGAGAUACCGCAAGCGGAAAAAUAGAACUCACAUUGGAUAAAAAUAAAAAAAUCAGAGGCCUAUGUAUGCAAAUAUGCGGCUUUGCAGCAACCAAUUGGAUCGCCAAGGUGAAAAAUGAUUCAGACAACAAGAAACAAAAGACGAAUUUCAGUGGCCGCGAAGAUUACUUCAGCACAAGCAGUUACUUCAUUGGAUCCGAUGUGGGAAACGCGUUGGAGAUGAUUGCUGGUUCCUAUAGCUACCCCUUCUCAUGUGUAAUACCAGCCAAUGUUCCAGCUUCCAUGGAAAGCAAAUACGGUCACAUCCGAUACGUAGUGAGAGUCUCCCUGGAACGACCAUGGAAACACAACAUCACCUACCAGGCUCUGAUGACCGUUAAAACAGUGUACGAUCUAAAUCUUCUGUCGGAGAGGUUAUCAUUUCCUGCUAUGGCUGAAACAGUUUCCUCAUUCUAUUUUGGCCUCACCGAACCAUUGACAGUGAGCGCCAGUAUACCUCGCUCUGGUUAUGCACCAGGUGAAAUUAUAGAGCUAAAAAUUCACGUUAACAAUCACAGUAUCGUGGAUAUGAGGUUUGUCUCUAUCAAACUUAAAAGAAUUGACACAUUCAUCAGUCAGGUACCGAGGAUCAAACAACAACUAGAGCACACCAUAAUAGAAGAAAGACAAACGGGUAGAAUACCUAGGAGACAAUCUCUUCGAUUUGAGGAGAACAUUCUCAUCGGUUCCGGUAGUCCAAGUGAUGACACCCGUUGUCACAUAAUCCAUACCAGAUACGAGAUCGAAAUCGUACUCCAUCCUGUUCGAUCACGGAAGAGACCCACAGUAAUUCUUCCUGUUACACUCGGAACGUUGAGAAUACAAAAUAAUAAUAUCUACCCGAAUAUAAUCAUCGAAAAACAACGCGAAGCUCUGCUUGGCUACGCUCAAUCAGUUCCAUCGUUAGCAGCGAUAGAACAAGCCGCCACCGCACCUCCGUCGUAUCUGGAAUUACCGACUGCCAGUUCUUCCCGUGCAUAUUCCAUAUCAUCCAACAUGACCGUUGAAGAACUCUCCGAAGACGAAGGAGGGAGCGAAACAGAACCGAUUACAAUGAGAGAUUAUUAAGUUGAUUGGGAAGAAGAUCUAAAAUGUGGAAUGAGCUGGGUGCUGUUAACACCCAGUACAGUACACAUGAAUUCAAAUAGACUCAGA